GUCGUUAGUGAACUGAAGCUGUUCACUGUACAAUGGGUGUGUUUUUUACUACCUUGAUCCGAUGAAAUGGAAAACGUGAAAUGGGGGACAUUUUGGUACCGUGAAGAAAAAGCAUCCUCUAUUUUUUAUUUACAAUUUAGCCAGGAUGAAAAGACUUUAAUGGGGGAUUAUCUGUGUUGACGCGCCGUGCAAUGGCCCCAGGCGUUGCUAACGCAGCAGAAGCCAUAAUCAAAUUUGACUCCUGAUAUUUAUGACGGCUUUAUUUCCUUUUUGCUUCGGCAGGAGCAGUAAUGACCGUAUGUAACGAAUAACGAAUGUUGUAGAAAAACAGCCUCUACAUGUCAAAAUAAAGUAUGGAGGGUUGGAGCCCUAUCGUUAGAGCAGCCUCGGAUAAUGAACGAUCCAGCUCCGAGGAGGAGUACAUGGUGGAGCACGGACACGAAAAUGAAACCCGGGAGGCGGCGGACAGAGAGCAGCGGGGUAACGUGGAGAGGAUGGACGACGGGGGUACCGCUGCUGUCGGGUUUGGGAUAAGUGGUAUUGGUGAGGGCAAAGUCGUGUUGGGUCGAGUCGGACAGAGAGAUGACAAAGAACUGAGGUACCUGCACUUGUUGUGGGAGCCUGAACGAGCAGAGCUUAGUGGCGUCGGUGGUGUGGCGAGCAAGCUGGGAAAGAUGACGGGAAGCAGGGCCAGGCGACACCACAGAGCCGUGCGGAACCUGGGUCCCAUUGGUAAAGAUAUUUAUGCUGUGAAAAGACUGAGGGAAGCAGCAAACAGCAAUGAUAUUGACACAGUUAGAAAGCUCCUGCAAGAUGACAUAGACCCCUGUGCAGCAGAUGACAAGGGAAGAACAGCUCUUCAUUUCUCUUCCUGCAAUGGCAAUGAGAGCAUUGUGCAAUUGUUGCUGAGCCAUGGCGCUGACCCCAACCAGCGAGACAGUCUGGGAAAUACUCCCCUCCAUCUGGCGGCCUGUACUAACCAUGUGCCUGUAAUCACCACAUUGCUGAGAGGAGGAGCCCGUGUGGAUGCCCUUGACCGAGCGGGCAGGACCCCGCUGCAUCUAGCACGCUCCAAGCUCAACAUUCUGCAGGAGGGAGAUUCACGCAGCUUAGAAACACUGAGAGGGGAAGUCACACAGAUUAUUCAAAUGCUGAGGGAAUACCUGAAUUUAAUGGGCCAAAGUGAAGCUAAAGAGAGGCUGGAACACAUUUCAACACAGUUGCAGCACACACGCACCAAAGAGCAGGUGGAUGAGGUGACUGAUUUGUUGGCCGGUUUUACAUCACUCAGUCUACAGAAACAGAAUUUGGGGGAUAGAUAGAAGAUAAAGUUUACAGGGAGUUGAAGUCCUGCACCUUUUCAAGCAAGCGUCUGCCCCACCCGCCUUUGCCAGACAACCUGAACCUGAACCACGAUGCCGUGGUUUUCUGUCCAUAUUCCAAACUAAAUAUUUAUCUAUAGUACUACUGUAAUGGACAGUAACAUUUGAACAACUUGCCAUUUUAACCAAGACAAGACUGAUUAUUUUGUUAGCUUUUAACAAGAAAUGAUUGUUAUCUUGGUAAAAUCAAAAAGAUGCUCAAAUUCCAAUGGCCAUUGCUGUAGUGUAGUAGAUAACCAUUCAGCUUAUGGACAGAAAAAGAGUAUCACAAGUUACUUUUUCAGAAAAAAGAUAUAGGAAACCCUACGGCCAAAAUACAUUUAGAACAGGAAGCUAGUGGAACAGAAACUAACCCAGUGCAGUGGGACCUCAGCUCUCUAAUUUGUGUGCGUGUGUCACGAAAUGACUUAACAGUUUUCACUGUUGUACUUUUGGAUUUCUUAUCAGCAUCUUCGGAUCACAAUGCCCGUCUCUUGCAUUGCAUGUUUUAUUUGUAUGUGAACUAUAUUGUAAAAAUUGAUUUGGCUGUUGUUGGAAAUUGAUAUAUGUGAAUCAA